GGGCCGCGCGGCGCGGGGUGGGCAGGUUCGGGUGCGCGCGGCGAGGCCGGGCCUGCCGCCCGCCCGGGAGGGGGAGGGGAAUCUCCCGCCAUUUUUCAAUCCUCCCGCCCGGUGCCGCCGCCGCGCGGAUCCGCCGGCCGCAGCCGGGGCCCGUCUCGCCGCGCCAUGGCGCCGCUGCUGGGCCGCAAGCCCUUUCCGCUGGCCAAGCCGCUGCCGGCGGGGGAGCCGGGGGAGCGGUUCAUCAUCCCGCACACGCAGGAGGCCUUCCGCACCCGCGAAGAAUAUGAAGCGCGGUUGGAGAGAUACAGUGAGCGAAUAUGGACAUGCAAAAGCACAGGAAGCAGCCAGCUGACGCACAAAGAAGCUUGGGAGGAGGAGCAGGAAGUUGCUGAGCUCUUAAAGGAGGAGUUCCCCAUCUGGUAUGAGAAACUGGUACUGGAAAUAGUCCACCACAACACUGUGUCUUUGGAAAAGUUGGUGGAUGCAGCUUGGCUGGAGAUCAUGACCAAAUUCGCAGUGGGAGAAGAGUGUGACUUUGAGGUUGGUAAGGAGAAAAUGUUGCCUGUGAAAGUUGUGAAAAUACAUCCCUUGGAGAAAACUGAUGAAGAGGCCUCUGAAAAGAAGUCUGAUGGAGCUUGUGAUUCCCCGUCCAGUGAUAAAGAGAACUCCAGCCAGGCAGCCCAGGACAAUCAGAAGGAAUCCAUCCUAAAAGAAGAUGACAAUAGAAGGGAAAGUAUGAAUGAUCGAGCACGUAGGUCUCCUCGGAAGCUUCCCACUUCUUUGAAGAAGGAGGAAAGGAAGUGGGUUCCACCUAAAUUCCUGCCACACAAAUAUGAUGUCAAGCUGAAAAAUGAAGACAAGAUCAUUAGCAACGUACCAGCAGAUAGCUUAGUCCGUACAGAACGUCCUCCCAACAAGGAGAUCCUGAGGUACUUCAUCCGGCAUAAUGCUUUACGGGCUGGCACAGGCGAGAAUGCCCCAUGGGUAGUAGAGGAUGACUUAGUGAAGAAAUAUUCUCUCCCCAGUAAAUUUAGUGACUUCUUGCUUGACCCACAUAAGUAUAUGACACUCAACACCUCAACCAAGAGGAAGAGCUCUGGAUCACCUGACAGAAAACCUUCAAAGAAAUCCAAAACUGAUGGUACAUCUCUGGGUCAGCCACUGAGCCCUACUCUGUGGUGUCAUGUGCACCUGGAGAAAUCUAUUAUUGGCUCUCCACUGAAGGUGAAAAAUUCUAAGAACUCAAAAUGUCCCAAAGAGGAGUUGGAAGAGGUGAUGAAAAUCAUGUCACCUGGUAAACUUGGUUCUAACUUUCACAUUCCAAAGAGGAGCCGACUGGGAAAGGGCAGCAACAAAUCCUUGGACAAAAAGCAGAGAGGCAAAAGGGUUUUAAAUGGGCAGAAAACAUCAGGGAAAUCAAAGUCUCCUAGGAAAGGUUUGAAGACCCCUAAGAUGAAAAUGAAGCAAAUGACGCUCCUAGACAUGGCUAAAGGUACUACUAAGAUGUCCAGGGCUCCCAGGAAUUCUGGAGGCACCCCUAGGUCUUCAGGGAAACCCCAGAAGCAUCUGCCUCCUGCAGCACUCCAUCUCAUUGCCUAUUACAAAGAAAACAAAGACCGGGAAGACAAAAAAAGUGCACUUUCCUGUAUCAUCUCCAAAACAGCCAGGUUACUCUCAAAUGAGGAUCGUGCCCGUCUCCCUGAGGAUUUACGAGGACUAGUACAGAAACGCUAUGAGCUUCUAGAACACAGGAAGAAAUGGGCCACCAUGACAGAAGAGCAGCGCAAGGAGUAUCUGAAGAAGAAAAGAGAAAAGCUGAAAGAGAAACUGAAGGAGAGAGCAAAAGAGCGGAAAGAGAAGGAGAUGAAGGAAAAACUGGAAAAGCAGAAAAGAUUUGAGGACCAAGAUCUCAAAGGGAAGAACUUGCCCACUUUUAAGCUGGUUGAUACUCCAGAAGGACUUCCUAAUACACUCUUUGGGGAUGUUGCUAUGGUGGUGGAAUUCUUGAGCUGUUACUCAGGUUUAUUGAUGCCAGAUGCUCAAUAUCCCAUUACAGCAGUUUCCCUGAUGGAAGCGCUUUGCGCAGAAAAGGGAGGCUUCCUUUAUUUGAACCGGGUACUGGUCAUUCUUCUACAGACCCUACUGCAGGAUGAAAUUGCUGAAGAUUAUGCUGAGCUGGGAAUGAAGCUUUCUGAAAUACCGCUUACGUUGCAUUCUGCAUCUGAGCUGGUUCGCCUUUGCUUACGCAAGUCAGAUGUACAAGAGGAAAGUGAGGUCUCAGAUAAUGUAGAUGAAAGCAAGGAUUCGGCAACUUUUGAGGAUAAUGAAGUACAGGAUGAAUUUUUGGAGAAGCUGGAGACUUCUGAGUUCUUUGAGUUGACUCCUGAAGAGAAAUUACAGAUACUUGGAGCUCUCUGCCACCGGAUUCUAAUGACUUAUUCAGUGCAGGACCAUGUGGAGGCCAAGCAGCAGACGUCAGCAGAGCUGUGGAAGGAGCGCUUAGCUAUCUUGAAGGAAGAAAAUGACAAGAAGAGAGCAGAAAAACAGAAACGGAAAGAAAUGGUGGCCAAAAGCAAGGAGAAUGGGAAAGAUGAGAAUGCACUGGGAAGAAAUGAAAAGAAAAAAAAUGAAAUGGUAAAAAUAGAGCAUCGGGUAGAAAUAGAAGCUGAUGAUAUGAUAAGUGCUGUGAAAAGCAGACGCCUUCUUGCCAUCCAAGCCAAGAAAGAGAGAGAGCAACAAGAAAGACAAAUGAGAGUGAGGAUGGAGAAAGAAGCAGAGGAAGAAAGAAUCCGGAAGCAUAAAGCUGCAGCUGAGAAAACAUUCCAGGAUGGAAUUGCUAAGGCGAAGCUUGUGAUGCGCAGGACCCCAAUUGGCACUGACCGUAAUCAUAACAGGUAUUGGCUGUUUUCGGAUGAGGUUCCUGGCUUGUUCAUUGAGAAAGGCUGGGUGCAUGACAGUAUAGACUACAGAUUCAUCCUUCCCCAUCAGAAAAAAGAAGAAGUAAAGAAGGACUACGGCCAAGGAGACAAGCGGAAGAGCACAGCCACAGACGGCAGAGGGAGUGCACUUCAUCGGUCUGUACAUGCUGUGGACCUUCCUGCAGAGACCACAGCGCCCAAGCAGGGACAGAACUUAUGGUUUCUAUGUGACAAUCAGAAGGAUUUGGAUGAGCUGCUAGAUUGCCUACACCCACAAGGAGUGAGAGAGAGUCAGCUGAAGGAACGUUUGGAGAAAAGGUAUCAGGACAUCACACAUUCUAUCCAUUUGGCUCGGAAACAGAACCUGGGCCUCAAAUCCUGUGAUGGCAACCAGGAACUAUUGAACUACCUCCGAAGUGAUCUAAUUGAGGUCGCAACUCGUCUGCAGAAAGGAGGGCUGGGAUAUGUUGAUGUGACACCAGAAUUUGAAGCAAGAGUAUACUCAUUAGAGAGCUUGAAGGAUUUUGGAGAGUGUGUGAUUGCACUCCAAGCUGGUGUUAUUAAGAAGUUUCUGCAAGGCUUCAUGGCCCCCAAGCAGAAGAGGAGGAAACAUCAAGGAGAGGACUAUAUUGCCAAGGCUGAGGAGAUUGAUGAAGACAAGAAAAUGGCAGAAGAAGCUAAGGUUGCUUCAGCCAUGGAGAAGUGGAAGACAGCAAUCCGUGAGGCCCAGACCUUCUCCCGUAUGCAUGUGCUGCUCGGGAUGCUGGAUGCCUGUAUCAAGUGGGAUAUGUCGGCAGAGAAUGCCAGAUGCAAAGUGUGUCGCAAAAAAGGUGAGGAUGACAAGCUGAUCCUGUGCGAUGAGUGUAACAAAGCCUUCCACCUGUUCUGUCUGAGACCGGCACUCUAUGAGAUACCAGAUGGUGAAUGGCAGUGCCCAGCUUGUCAGCCUUCCACCGCCAGGCGUGGUUCACGGGGCAGGAACUACACAGAGGAUUCUGCUGAAGAUGAAGGUGAAGAAGGUGAGGAAGCUUCUGAUGAACAAGAUGCUGAGGAAGAAGAAGAGGAGGAAGAAAAUUAUGAAGUUGCUGGACUGAAACUGAGACCCAGAAAGGCAGCCCGGGGCAAGCAGAGCACAGCCAUGUACUCCUCGAGGCAGGGAAGGCACCAAAGGAAGAAGCAGUUGCUGCAUCCUGCCAGGGGACCCCAGCAGCGGGCUGCACCUGUCAACGGCGCAGACAUUGAUGAGCUGGUCAUUCAAACAAAGAAGACAACACGUCGCCAAAGCCUUGAACUGCAGAAGUGUGAGGAAAUCCUCAGCAAGUUGAUCAAAUACCGCUUCAGCUGGCCCUUCAGGGAGCCAGUGACCACAGAAGAAGCCGAAGAUUACUUUGAGGUCAUCAGCAAUCCUAUGGACUUCCAGACUAUGCAGAGCAAGUGCUCUUGUGGCAGUUACCGCUCAGUGCAGGAGUUCCUCUCUGACAUCAAACAGGUGUUCUCCAAUGCUGAGUGCUACAACCAGAAUGGGAGUCAUGUACUGUCCUGCCUGGAGAAGACAGAACAAUGUUUGAUCGACAUGGUGCACAAGCACCUUCCUGGCCACACGUAUGCACGCAGGAAACGUAAGAAGCUCUCUGCCAGGUGCCAGGGACUGGAGGAGCAGGAAGGCGACAGUGAGUCAGAGCCCCUUGAACAUUCCCGGGGGCGGAAAAGGAAGAAAUGAGGGAUGGGGGGGAACUAGGGGGAGAGCCAGAGCUGGAGCAGGCCUUCUGGUGCUGCUGGGCAGCAGGAUGGGUUGUCUGAAGGGAGUUAGGAAGCAGCAGGCACUUCUCUAUUAAUACAGCCUUUCCUUUGGCGUGUCCUAGCUUUAUUUUUUCUGCAAUUUCCUCAAAUAUUUGGUCAUCCAUUGAGUGAGCAGAGAUGACUUAACUGCUUCCUGCAAAAUACACAAAGCUCAUACAUGUCUGUCCUGCUAGGAGGGGAAGGUGGGAGGGCAAGGGAAAGGCCUAGCCAAAGUGUGUGAAGUCCGCUCUAGCUUGGGCGCUCUUGGCUUUCUUGGAACGAGCCACUUCUUCCACUCUGAAAGCAGCCAGCACUGGAGCAUGGUGGAACCUUUGCUGUCUGCUGCCUGUGAUGUGAAACCAGCCUUGAGCUCGUGCAGGGAGGGAUCUUACUGCUUCACAGAUAGACUGGGUGUGAUCAGGCCAAUGGGCUGCUAGUUCUUGUAUGUAUAUAUUUAUAUGGUAUUAAUUUUGAGCCCCCACUGAAGGGUUGUGUAGGGCGAGCAAGCACUUACAUUUAUAGAGACACAGCUUUCACCAGCAUCCUAAUACAAUUGGCUUCAAGGUGCUCUUGCUUCCCCCCCCCCAUUCCCCCCCACCCCUAGGGAGCAAUCUCUGGAGGUUGUGCUCUGAAGAGUUCUUCUGAGAUCAGCUCUCCACACAUAAGUUGCAGAGAAUAGGCAGUUGGUUUCCCUGCUCACCUUGAACAGCACACAAUCAUGUAGCCCUUUGGAUGAACCUAGUGCCAGAAGUAUACCAGAGAGCAUGUCUUUCUGCACACCCUGUAGGGCACUCCAGGGCAAGGGGAACAGCAGAAACAUGUUCUGUGUAACUUUUUAAAGUAAUUUUCUAGUUAUUAAAAGUGGCUUGUUUCUAGCUGUGAUCUUGUAUAAAGAACAUCUGUAAGAUACUGUUGUCUUGCUUUGGCACAUGUACAGUUUAUAUCAAAUUGUGUUUGCUGUAUAUUUUCCCCCCUCUGAAAACUCAUUUUCCUAUCAGUAGCUGGAGUUACACUGGGGGACUUGUUGGUGGGGGUUUCCCAGUCCCUCUCUAGCCAUGCUCUCAUCUCCUUUUGUAGUAACACCUUCCCUAGGUCACCUCUCUUGCACCCCCCCAGCACCAUGAGGACCGUCCCACACAGGCUGACCAGUGGGGAAGCUCUGUCCUGCUGGGAGGCUGCUCUGCCAUGGCCCCAGCAGUGGGUUCUGCCACUUGGGAUACUGACUUUUCUCUAAGAAAAUAAUGUUCUUUAAUCACCUCUCCCUCUCCAUCAUUACAGGUUUUGAUCAUACAAUUAAGGCUUGAACUUUUUAUUAUAGAAUUCUUCAGUUUAGAACGAACUAGUCACAGUGCUGUUCUAUACUGGUUUUGUAACACAGAAAAACAAAAGCAGCUGUUAUGGCUCCUGUGAUUUGAGAAUAAAAUUGAGAUCCUCGAUUAAAAAAUUGCAGCCUAGUUUUGUGAACUCUUUUAUUAACAGGUAUUUGUUUCAGUUCUGGACUGAUGGCUGUUGAGACUAGACAGGUUUCCAGCCACUUCCCUCUUCCCCUCUCCCCAGCCUCAGCUCCAUGUCCCACAGAAUAGCACUGACGUUUGUAUUUCGCACGUCCCCUUCAGAGGCUAUGUUUUGUCCUAUUAAUAGAGAACAUUUUCUGCAGGUCCUACACAGUGAAACCUUUGGAACUGUAUGUUUUUUAAAAAUAAAUGUCAUUUGUGGUGGGAGGGGUGGUCUGCUAAGGGCUGUACUUGUAAUAAAUUGGAAAGUUAAAAAAUAAA